UUCAAUAAUAGAGAAAAACAGGAACCUUCGGUGUCGUCGACCUUUGUAUUACUGUUGUAUUUCAACACAUUAUUUCUUUGACCAACGAUGUAUUAUGUAUAAAUAAACAUUGCACACGAGCACAAAUGUAUCAAAGCUAAAAAAGUUAACAAUAAUGAAUCAAAUGAAGUUGUUGUGUGAAUUAGAAGCAACAAGAGUAAAGUGCAAAGAGCAUCCAAAUGAUAAACAAUUACCAGGUGUUUGUUCCUCUUGUUUAAGAGACAAACUCUCACAGCUAUAUACUAACAACCCUAAUGAUUGUUCUCUCUACUAUUGUUCUCCUUUAUCACCUUCUUCUCCUCAACCUACUGAUGAUGAUUCGACUAAUCGUGGCUCUUUGGGGCAUCGUAAUAGACGCUUUCACCGGAAUGCUUCGCAGGCGGUCGGAUCUGUUUCUUGUAUGAUAAGCUUUAAUAAUGCUUUGAAUUUGAAGAAGAGCAAGUCGCUUGCCGUUGCUUCGAGGAGCAGAGUCAGAGAGAGGGAUGUUGGUGGAGGCCGGGGAAGAAAGAAAGAUGGCUUUUGGUCCAAGGUACUUAAACUCAAGAGAAAGGAAACAGAGGAAUCUGUUGUGAAAACCAGGAGUUGAAAGUUGAUACAUGAUGUGUUACAUUAAAUUUUGAACUUUUAUCAUAAUUUGAAUGACUCAGUUGUGGAUCAUAUCAGAAAUUUCUUUAGAAUUCAAUUAUAUGAUUUUAUUGUUAUUAUAUAAUUCCAUCAACACAAAUGGCAAAAUCUUGCAUUCUUUCAUUUCUCCUCCAUGGCGUGCUAUUUUGCAAUCAAUUUUAACCCACGUGCUAUAAUUUUAAAGAAUAAAUGAUAUCUAUUAUUUCAGUGUUAAAUA